UGAUGGACAAACUUGAAAGGAAUUACAGUCAACAGUUAAGGAAUUUUGUGAUAGCAAGCUCAUCGGAAAAUGAAUAUAGUACACUUCGGGGUGUCAUAUUUGAACAGAUCGCACAUCGAAUUUUACAAAAGGGAGGGACAUUUAAUAUUCGUCCUUUAGAAUCUGGCAUCACAAUUGUUGCACCUGACACACUCUUCCAGAUGACCAUGAGCAAAAGCCAUCCUAUUAAUAUGAAUGGCAUGAAAAAGCUUGUUGAAAAAUUGGGUGGAAAGUCAGGAACAAAUCAUAUAUAUUUUUAUUUUGUCCUACCAAAAGAUUUAUUUGAUAAUUACCAAGCACAGCACUUUCAUACUACUGGCAAAACUGUUGCUAAGAAGAUACCACAUUGGAUUACUAAUCGUGUUAAGCAAUAUGCAUUGGAAAUUGACUUGAGUUCCUGA